AUGGGUCAAAUCGCUCAGCAACUAGCUUCGAGUUCUCAAGCACAAGGUGCCCUACCCAGUGCAAUCGUGACAAAUCCUAGAGAGCAUAAUAAUGUGAGCACGGUGACAACAAGAAAUGGUAAAUCAGAUGAAGUUGUCGAGCAAGUGGAUGAAGAGGAAGACCAAUUGAUCGGAGUGGACCUUGAGAUCAAAGAAAAUGAAGUUGUUAGGGAAGAAGUGGUAGCACCGAAACCUGUUGUAAAAGAAACAGUCACUGAGCCCAAGCCAGUUGUUAAGCUUCCCUUCCCCACUAGAAACAAGAAAAAAGGACAACAUGAGAAAAACUUUGAAAAAUUCUUAGAGUUGUUCAAGAAGCUGGAGAUUAACAUUCCUUUAUUGGAGGCACUUGAAAAAAUGCCUACUUAUGCCAAGUUCAUGAAGGAUAUCAUUUCAAAGAGGCGUACCACCGACACUAACCCGAUUAUUCUAACCGAAACUUGUAGUACUAUUUUGCAGGGUAUGAAGAUUCCGAUAAAGAAGAAAGAUCGAGGAGUUGUCACCAUCCCAUGUACUAAUGGACAUAGGUCGUUCAACAAAGCUCUUAUUGAUCUGGGAGUUAGUGUGAGUCUCAUGCCAUUACCCAUUUACAAGAAGCUUGAAGAUGAAGAGAUCCCCCUCAUUUUGGGGAGACCCUUUUUGGAAACGGGACGGUGCUUGAUAAACAUAGAAGAAGGAACAAUGACAUUGAAGGUUUAUGAUGAGGAAUUGAAAAUCGAUGUUCAAAACACCAUGAGGUACAAGGAUGAUAUUUGUACCAGUUAUACUAUAGAGGUUCUGGAUCAGGUGAUGACAUAUGAUAGUCCUUUGAAUGCACCUCAGUAA